AAAUUCAGAAAAAUCAUGAAGUUUAGAUUUUCCACAUUAGUAGAGAAAUACUUUUAUAAGAUGUAAAUACAUCAUAAGUAGUAAACAGCAGACGGCAUUUAUACGUAUAAAUCCACCCAAGUUAAAUAAUAUUUUGAAUAGUCCACACUGAAGAUUAUAUUGAUUACAUUUAGGUAGUUAUGAAAAUUUGACAAUAUAAAACAUUAUAAUUAUUAGACGUUUAUGAUGAGCAUUGAAGAUCGAUUAAAAGUUGCUUACGAGAACGUGGCGUACUACGGGGACGGCACCUGGGUAACCAAUUCAUAUCAAAGGGCCAAUCAGGACUUUUAUAUAAGAGAAUUGAAAUUACGCAACUGGGAAAGGAGAUGGGCAAUAUUUGAAGCGAGGCGAGCAAUCUUUGAAGCACGCUGGGCUCCACCUGGAGUAUACGAAACAAUAUUUGCUCAUAAUUCUAUGUUCAUUAAACGUCUAAGUGACGACAGCCCUGAGGGAUCUUGGACUGACUCUUGGUUACCCGAGAUUGAUAUGUACCAAAACUAUGAAUUAGGCGGAGGUGGUCCCAUUGUGUUCACUUCCAAUGAAGAGAGUUCCGUAAGUGGCCCCCGGUCUCCCGUAUGCGAUCCAUGCUCAGGCGAAGAAAUAUUUUCUCAGGCUAGUGGCUUUCAAAACAAGGAUUUAUACACCAGACAACCGUCAGAAGAUAACGAUCCAUCACUUUAUGAUACACCGCUUGCCCAGUCCGUUCCGUCCACCACAGUCGAGGACAACACUGCUAAUUCCCAGGAGCCAUGGAUGUUGCCUGAAGUUGACGAACUUUACACAAAGUUCCAUGAUCUCUAUCGUUAUGUUGAAGAUAGCGAUGGUAGCGUCACUGGAAGUAUUGUAAAUGCAUGUGAGACACCGUUGACUUCUGAUGACAUGUUAAAAUAUUCGCGUCUCUACAAUCAAUGGCGCUAUCCCAGCAAGCUUUCUCCCAAAGAAACCAGGGGAAUAGGCACAUCCGUGUCCGACGAAGAAUUGCUCGUUGACCCCGUAGAAACCGCAGGUGCUGAAACUCCCGGUUCAUCCAAGAAAGAACCGGAAAGACGUUUGUACUCCGCCGUUUUGCAAGGUGCCCCGCGUAAACGCUUAACAAAUAAAAUGGGAUGACUUGAA